UGAGCAGCCAGGUCUCAUGCAGUUAGAUUUUUCUGAAGACUGAUUUCACAGAGCAAGUCAAGGAAAUGCUGCAGAGAAAACUCUCAAAUGUUUCAGACAAACCAAAGAGCAGCAGCAAGCCAAAGCGAUCGACCAGCUUUGGGAGAUUUGAUGCCUUUAAACAUCAGUCAUCUCCAAUCAAGCCAGAGGAAAAUGGAGAGAUUGUGCUUGCAGAAGGGGAGCCUGGGGUCGAGAGCUGUGAUCAAAGUAAGCCAGGCAGCCUGGGGAAGAAAAUGAAGGCCAUCUCUAUGACCAUGCGCAAAAAGAUGGGCAGGAAGUAUGUGAAAGCCCUCUCAGAGGAAAUGGGCGACAGCACAGAAAGGGACCACGAGGGCGAGGGUGCGGGAGAGACCGAUGGCAGCCAUCCCCUGGGAAAGGGAUCCAGGAGGACCAGCAACUCCCUGGAAAGCCUGUACAGCCACAACAGCGGACAGAGCUCCUCCAGCGGCGUCACCAGUGGCUCUGAUGGCUCUGCUAACAGAGACAGCCUGAGACUGGAGGAAGAGGUCCCGUACACAGGGGCUUUCUGCGGAAGGGCCAGAGUCCACACUGACUUUGUGCCGAGUCCAUAUGACACAGACUCCCUCAAACUCCAGGUGGGAGAUGUGAUUGACAUCAUCAGUAAGCCGCCCAUGGGGAUAUGGACGGGCAUGCUCAACAACAAAGUGGGAAAUUUCAAAUUCAUCUACGUCGACAUCAUUGUGGAGAAGGAGCCUGAGCCAGAGAGGACACGCGGACAGAGGCAGAGCUCAUUGGAGCCUCAGGCCAAGAGCCCCCAGGAGCUGCUGAAAAGGCUUAAUUUAGAGGAGUAUACCUCAUCACUCCUUCUCAAUGGGUACGAGACUGUGGAGGACCUGAAGGAUUUGAAGGAGAAACAUCUAAUCGAGCUGAAUAUGACAGAUCCAGAGCACCGGCAUCGGCUGCUGGCCGCUGUGGAGGGCCUCAUUGACACAGAAACACACGAUGAGGAGGAGAGCAAGGACACCCUUAAAGAGGAGGCCCAGCCCGGCAGCCUGAAGGAGGACCAAAGCGAGUGCCCCAGAGACUCAGGCUGCUACAUCACACCAGAGUGCUCAGACAGCAGCAGAGAUGACCCGGAGGUCCACCCAGCAACACCGGAAACACCCCAGGCCGAGACUUAGCCGUGCGUCCUUUUUGUCCAAGAGUGGCUGUUUGUGCACGUCAUCACCGAGUUCAUUCGGUAAAUUCCACAAUGUACAGUAUACAAUAAGACCUCAAUUUUUCUCUCUGGUUCUGGUCUGUUGAAUUGGUACAACUGACUUUUAGCUGUAUUUAUAAUUCUAAAUAUGAAGCCUUUCUUUGCUUUGUCUCCUGUCCUCUAUACCUCAUGACUGGAUUCUGAUUCCCUGACUCGUCAGUGGCCUAGGUUCCUUGUCAGACCAGGUUACGAGAGUGCAUGAGUAGCCAGGCGAAACAGCAGGGACUAUUUUGAAACAGUAGCGUGCAACAUUGUCUUGAUGGUGUGUGCGUGUGUUGUGUGUGUGUGUGUUUUUGUGCAUGCAUUAAG